AUGGUUAGUCAUAAGAAUCCAAGUGUUGGGUCUGUUGGUGUAUUACAGAAGAGACCUAAUAAAGAGGAUGCUUUAAAGAUCUUGAAAGAUUUGGCUCAUCGAGUUUCAUACUUGAUGAAAGAGUAUCGAUUCAAGGUUGGCAGUCUUGUUGAGUUCUAUCCUAGGGAUAAGAGGUUGCUUGGGAUGAAUGUGAAUAGAGGCCAGAAGGUUAUGGUUCGGUUGCGAGAUCCGUAUGAUGAAUAUCAGUUUCUUAGUAGAGAAUCAAUAAUGGGCACUAUAUUACACGAGCUUACUCAUAAUUUAUUUGGACCACAUGAUAAUAAGUUCUACAAGAAAUUGGAUGAAUUGAUAGGAAGACAAUGGAUUAUUGAGCAACAAGGUUUGUUUGAUAAUUUUUUAGGUAACGGCAAGACUUUGGGUAAUCGCAAUGAUAGUAACACAUCAAGGGAAACCGUUAGAAAGAAGAGGAUAGCUCAUUUAAGCAAAGGGUUUAAGUUAGGUGGUCUGAAGUCAAGUACAGUUGCGAAAACAGAGGGGGUAUCACCAAGAGAAAUGGCAGCAGCAGCUGCCAUGCAAAGGAAUAAAGACAGAUAUAGUUGUCCUGGUGAAUCGAAUGAAAAAAUCGAGCUAAUAGCUUCACAGGAAGGUGAACUAGAAGUAGUGAUUAUAAGUGAUGAUGAUGAUGAUGAUGAUGAUGAGAAGGAAGAGGAAACUAUUGAAAUAAUUGACUUAACAUAG